UUGCAUUUCAAAGUUUUAUUCAAUUCAGCCCCGAUUUCUCGCUUAUUUUUAGAAAAUCCCAAAAGGUUCAGUGGAAGCUGUUGCAGAUCUUCUCGUCGGCUGCGUUGCUUCAUAACUCCGAAACGGGGCAGUCGUCGCCGGCGCAACGGAUUUAGGGUGUGCUGGCUGCGGAAUAUCUAGAAGUCAUCGAGGCGCGUCUCAUAUUCGCGGAGCGGACUGACACGAGCUUGGAGGUUAAGAGUUGUGCUUAUAGCCAUGUUUGACUAGCACUAGAAGAUGGUUCAAGAUACUUUUUUAGUACGGUCGAAGAUUAUUAAAGAAGACAUUGCAUCUAAGCAUAGAGCUAGAAAGAUUGAUAAACUAAAUGCACCAUCUUUAAACAAAUUGGAAACCUCUGGAAAGAAAGUACCUGAAAGCCGUUUGAGAGGAUCAGUAAGAGCAGAAAAUGGUGGGUCGUCAAGUAAUAUUAAUUCAGAGAAGUGUGCUAAUGAAUUUCUAAUCAAGAAUAGGAAGGAGCAGUUAAGGAUCGGAUGUUUGAGCACUAUUGAUAAAACCAAAAAGAGUGCUAUCCCUCCAAGGAUCAGAUCUCCGAGUACUUGUGCUAAAGCCAACACAAGUAUAAGCCCACCAAAGAUCAGAUCUUCGAGUGCUUGUGAUAAAGUCAACAAGAGAACACUGCCAACAAUGAAGAGAAAUGAGGAUGGAAAGAGUGUCUCUUCAAGUACUGAGAACUCCAUUAGGAGGUCAAUUCCAGAAUCUAAACUGCAAAAGGUGAAUGGCGAAAGUAGAACUUUGGGAGUGACUGAUAGCAAAAGUGAGGACGGUGGUAAGAAGACAAUCAGAAAACAUUUGCAUGUUUGUGCCUACAAAAAGUUAUUUAAAAAACCUGCAAAAGCAGCUGGAAAUCAUGUUGACAAGUGUGCUAAUGGGAAAUCUCCACUGGAAGGAAUAUAUAUGGAUUUAGGAGUAAAUACUUCAAAGGAAGUAAAGGAGGGUGGAGAUGUGAACAGCACAAAGGAGGGCGUACAAGAUCAGAGAGGGCUAUGUAUAGAAACUACUGAUUUGCUGGAGAAAAAGGAGUCAAACAAUACAAAGCCUCUAGAUACUGCUUUUGAUGCCAGGUCUAUUAAUCAAGAACAUAAGAUUAAGUUCAGUGGGUCCAAAUGUGGAAGAGUGAUUCCCAAUUUGGAUUCCGACAAUUUAUUAGAACCAUCUGGAGAAGAAAUAUGCAAUCGUGGUCCUUGUGAGAUGAACAUGGAAUCACGUUCUUCCAUGUUAGAGGAACUAGGUGUUGGAGAUGGUGGUGUCUGUAAUUCAGAGUUCCUUGGAAACCCUGCAAAAGAAUCUACCAAUACUCAGACUGGUAUUGCUCCCAUGCAUAAUGUAUGUUUGGUCUGUAAACAACCUGGACAGCUCAUAUGCUGUUGUGGAAAAGGCUGCAAACGAAGUUAUCAUCUUUCUUGUUUCAAUCCACUUUUGCAUGAUGUUCCACCUGGUGCCUGGCUCUGUAAUUUUUGUGUGAAAAAGAAGAUGGAUUUAGGCGUGUACAGUGUGGCGGAUGGGAUAGAAUCGGUUUGGUUUCAUGAAGAAGGAAUGCAGUGUGGAAAGCGAUAUUUUGUCAAAUACAAAGGCCUUGCCCAUGUUCAUAAUCGUUGGAUUCCUGAAAGCGAGCUGUUGCACAUCGCCCCUUCACUUUUAGCCAAUUUUAGGAAUAAAAACCAGAAAGAGGUAAUUAAGUGGAGAAAAGAAUGGACUGAGCCUGAACGUUUGUUACAGAAAAGAUUACUAGCGCCCCUUGAAGCAGCUGAUGAGUGUGCUUCUAUGUCUAUUUCGGGAUCUUGGGAUUGUUGUAUUGAGUGGUUUGUGAAAUGGAAAGGGCUUGGCUAUGACCAAGCUACCUGGGAGCUCGAAAAUUCACUACUAUUAUGCUCAUCCGAAGCUGCAAGGCUCAUAAAAGAUUAUGAAUGUCGUCGUGAGCAGGCCAAUAGGUUAUAUGAUCCUCUGAUAGCUGACAAGGCUUUACAGGUAAAGAAAGAUCCUUUCUGCAAAAUGUCAAAGCUGCCAGAUGAGUGCCCUGUUGAACUGGACAAUGACCAUUUAAGUGCUGUUAACUGCCUUAGAGAGUUUUGGCACAAAUCCUUGAACGCUAUGUUCAUUGAUGUUGAGGAACGGAUCUCAAAAUCAGUCUUAUUUGUUCUUUCCUUACAAUCCCAUGCUUGUCGACCUUCUCUUAUCAUCGCAACAUCAGGUUUCCUUCAAUUAUGGCAAGUCGACUUUCUCCGCUUGGCUCCAUCAAUGAAUGUAAUUAUGUACCAGGGUGAUAAAGAUGCUAGGAAGACGAUUCAGAAUCUUGAAUUUUAUGAGGAAAGUGGCCGCCUAAUGUUUCAAGUGCUUUUGGCGGAUCCUAUGGCAGUUGUUGAAGACUUGGUUGAUAUAUCUUGCAUUGGCUGGGAAGCAAUAAUAGUUGAUGGAUGUCAGAAUUCAACGGUGACUAGACAACUGGAACAGCUAAAUACUCUAAACACCGAUUUUAAACUCCUACUUCUUAAUGGUCAAAUGAAGGAUAGCCUUUCUGAAUACCGUCUGCUGCUCUCCUUCCUCAACACUGGAGGAACUAUGGAUAAUGGUUUGGUUGGCUUGAAGGCCAAUAAUAAUGACACUCGUUUUUCACUUACUAAGUUGAAAGAGAAAUUAGCACGCCAUAUUGUUUUUGAGUGCAAAACUGACUCAUCAAAGUUCCUAGAGUACUGGGUCCCAGUUCCACUCUCCAUUGUUCAAUUGGAACAGUAUUGUACGACUCUUAUUUCAAAUGCAACUGUUCUUCGUUCAAAUAUAAGAUCUGAUGUUGUUGGAGCUCUUCAUAAUAUCCUCAUUACGGCUAGAAAGUGCUGCGACCAUCCCUACCUAGUUGAUGGAGAACUACGGGGGUUGCUAACAAAAGGUCUGGAAGGUGCUGAAUUUCUGAAUGCGGAAGUAUGUGCAAGUGGCAAAUUUUUUUUGCUAGGCAAGAUUCUUCAGGGCAUGAAGGAUCGUAGUUUAAGGGUGAUGAUUCUAUUUCAGUCUCUAGGUGGAUCUGAAAAAGUUUCCCUUGGUGAUAUGCUGGAUGAUUUUCUUCAACAAAGAUUUGGGGUGGAUACAUAUGAGCGAAUUGAGACCGGCAUGAUCAUGGCAAAAAAGGUUGCUGCUCUGAAGAAGUUUAAUAACAAGGAAAGUGGGAGAUUUGCAUUUCUUAUUGAAAAGCGCGCUUGCCUGCCAAGUGUCAAGCUCCUUUCAGUUGAUGCCAUUAUUCUAUUUAAUAGCGAUUGGAAUCCUUUGAAUGACCUAAGAUCAUUACAUAAAAUAACAGUAGAAUCUCAAAAUAAUUUUAUCAGGGUUUUUCGUUUUUAUACAUCUUAUACAGUAGAAGAGAAACUUCUGAUGCUUGCAAAAGAAGAUAUUAUUCUUGAUAGCAGUAUUGAGAGUAUAAGUCGUAGCGUUACCCAUAUGCUGCUUGGUUGGGGCUCCUGCUAUCUAUUUCAGUUGCUUGAUCGGUUGCAUGCGAAUUCCAGCCCAAUUGGUAUUUCGGAACCUUCAUUUGAGAAAUUAUGUUUAAGUGAUGUGAUUUUGGAAAUUCUAACACUGUUGCCUGGAAAAACUGAAACAAGCAAACCUGUCAGUUGCUCUAUCCUCAUGAAGGCUCCACUGAGUGGAGAAACAUAUUCAAGAGAUAGCGUCUUGUUGGGUGAGAAGGAAGGCAUCUCCUUACCCGAUAAAGAUCUUCCCAGUUUCUGGUCAGGGCUGUUGGAGGAUAGACAUCGUAAAUGGAUGUAUACAUCUGAACAUUCACAAAGAAUUCGUAGAAGGAUUCAGAAUGCAGAUGGAUUGGAAAAUCAAGCAGUGGAGUCCGAUGAAGUUAAAAUUAAGCGGCGAAAAAUCAGCAGUAUUGUUGACUCUUGCAUUUUACCUGAAUUCUCUCAAGAAAAGGGGGAUACGCGAAAAGGUGGCGAACAAAAGCUUGAAGACCAAAGGAAUCUUCUUAUUUUGCUUGUGCCAGAGUUGUCAGAUUUGUGUGACAUUCUUGCACUGCCGGAAUCUGUGAAGGGCAUGGCUCAAGAGAUUCUUGUUUAUAUUAUGAAUAAUCAUGAUGUAAGUACGAACAAGGUGACCGUGUUAGAGGCCUUGAAGAUUUCUCUGUGUUGGCAAGCAGCAUCUAUGUUAAGUCACAGCUUGGAUCACGCUGGAUCUCUUUCAAUUGCAAAAAAAUGUUUGAAAUUUGGAUGUACUGAACAGGAGGCUUAUUCUGUCUAUUCAAAGUUGCAUAUACUGAAGGAAAAGUUUCCAUGCCAAUCAGUUGCUUUACAGAAUUUGAGUGUUCAAAACAUUCUGAAUAGUGAAUCAUCUCCUUCAAAAACAGUGGAUGAUGUGAGUAAAACACUAGAUGGGAGGGCUAAGGAAAUAGCAGCAACUGGCAAUUUAAGUGUAAGGGUGAACGAUGGGUUUCCUGUUGAUUACGAGACCUCUGAACAGCUAAUAUCACAGCCAGGUCUUUAUCCCAUUGGUGAAAACCCUGGAAAGUUUCAGCUGGACAGUGGAUCAUUAAAAGAUGAUCUUUUUAAAAACCAAAUUGAUGGCAUCGAGGAGGUGUUUUUGAGGAGAUCAGAAGUUCUUGUUCAAAAGCAGCAAGCUGAAGUUUCAAUUUUCAAAAAACAGAUGUCCAAGGAUAGGCUGAAGUUGGUAAAGACGCAUGAUCUUGAUUUGGAACUUAUUCGCUGCAUACAUAUUGAUACAACAGUCAGUAAAGGCAAAAUAAAUGUCUUAAACCAGGAUUUCUCUGAUAAGUUGGGCAGGUUUGAUCAGCACCGUAAACAACAAAAGCAAAAACUUAUAUCUAUGCAGCUUGAUAUCAGAAAUAAAGAACAAGAGCUGCAAUAUAGUUGGUUGGAGAAGGCUAAAAGUGGUAAGUUGGAUGAAUCGCUGGAUGAUAUUCCUCAGCUUGAAAGUGGAUUUAUGCUAGAAAAAUUUAUGGAAGCAAGUGAAUUUGGUUGUAAUUUCAAUAAUUCUGCAUGCCCUUCCAGUGAGAAAAACAUCCGAACUGAUGGAUGUCUUGAAGUUCCAUCAAAUAUCUUGAACGAACGGGAGGAAAAUGUUAGACAAGGAGAUGAUGCUUUGACUUCUGCCACAUCUGUUACAGGGGAUAAUUUUGAACAAAAUGUGCAAAACAGAAUAUCAGUGGAACUGAGCGUUCCUCCAAUGUUGUCAGGUGUGCUACCCAUGAAUUCUGGGAUUUCAGUUUCACAAUCUGAAGUUUUCAACUCAUCUAGCAUCACUCCUGCUGACUUAAUUAGUGUCUCAGUAACAGCAGCAGAUGGUAGGGAUGAUUCAAAUGGUCUACAUUUGGUGCCUGACCCAGUGCUAAAUCAGGGUGCACUCCUUUCCCCGGUGAAAGGGUUGACAAGUUCUGUGUCUUCAAGUACUUCGUCUUCAAUUCCGGAGUUAUGCACCAAUGAGCGUACAAUGCCUGCUGAAGUUUUUACUUCAGGCAAUUGCCAAAACAUGGAUUCUUUUCAUUAUUUCACUGUUCCAGCAUCAGAUUUUGUUGUUACCCUAUCACCUCAUAUUGAGAGGAUGAGUUCUAAUGAUGUGGCACCAUCGAACUAUACCAGUUGUCCAUUACCUAAAGAGGUUCCUGAACAAGCAAGACUUCCACCAACAGGAUACGAAGAAUCAACUCCUCAGCCGCAUCAUUCCGUUGAACUUUCUGAAGUACCUGCACAACAGGAAAUCAUAGCUGUAGUUGCUGAAAGCGAGCCAUCUAACCGCCAGAUUCCAGAGAAUGCCAUGAAUCCAUUGAGGCCCCAGGAAUUUCUUUCAUCAGAAGGAAUGCCCUCUGAGCAUUUCGGAAGCUCUGUCAUCCGAUAUGGUGUGGCUUGUGAUUGGUUGCAUUCUUCUACCCAACAGGGUGAAGUUCCGAUUCAAGAUGUAAUUGAGGCUGCAGUUUUUGAAAGUCAGCCAUCUAUUCAACAGAUCUCUGAGAAUAACCUUCAUCCUAUGAGACUACAGGAAGAUCUUCCAUUAGAAAUAAUGCAUUCGGAGCAUCAGGAAAACAUUGUCAUUCAACCAGAUGAACCAAACCAAUUAAUCCAUAACUUUUCAUCAAUAGAAUGGGUUCCGCUUCAGGCAAUUUCUACAAAUCCAAUACAUAAUGAAAUAGUCAGAAUGCGAAAACAGCAGUAUUUAUGUAUUGAGAAACAUGAAAAUAAGAAACUAUUACUUCGGUCAGAAUGUGAACAAGAAAUAGAGAAGGUAAAAAGGAAAUAUGAUAUUCUACUGCAGGAUGCUGAGAGGGAGCACCUUCCUGAAAAAAAGAUGUUUCUGGAAUUAUUUCAAAAGCUUGUUUGGCAUAACGUUUUUGCAGAGGAAGUUAGGUCUAAAUUCUAUGUUCAUGACGAAGGUUCAUCGACGCCUUUCCAAGCUCGAAGCCGAAAUUCUAAUCAGCAUUUCCAGGCAUCGCAACCGCAACUUACCUCAAGCAAUACAAUUCGACAGCCCAUUAAUACCCGUGCAAUUUUGCACGCCGGCCGUUCGCCUGCUCCCCAUCUUCAACCCAUCCGACCGCCGCCCCGUGUUUCAGAUCCGACAGUUAACACACCACUUUCUUCAGCCCCUAAUUCACAGUCUGCAACCCCAACUCUGAUUUCUAAUGCAACUCCAUCAGUUUCUCCAGCAAAUUUGGUUUGUACAUUCUCGGCACCAUUUCCUCUCAUGGGAUCAUCCAUUUCUAAUGCUUCUGGAAUCUCACAGCCUACAGGCUCUGGAUCAUCGCCCCUUUACUUCAGUCCAGCUCAGUUUGAGUUGCCUGAGUGUGCUGAAGCUGAUGAACUGCUUGAAUCAAUGUUGGCCAACUUGCCAGCAACCAACAAUGAAUUUCUUACCGAAAGUAUAAUUGAUUCAAGGCCUAAUGCCUCCUCUGAUGUCGUCUACCUAUCAGAUGGAGACUGACUGAUGAAGCAUGAAGUAUGGUGGUCUUCUGUUCCUCAAAAUAUUUUUUUUGUAGAUUUUCUGUACAUACUUAAUGUUAGUUCAGGCGCAGGUCUCAGUUGCUUCUUCAGUUGGUAUCUUCUAGGUGAAGAUAGUCAGAGUUUUGUCUCAUUCAAUGAAAGAAUCACAGAAAGUGAUGUUCGUUUGUCCUCAAUCUUUCUUAGAAAGUCCCAUUUCUGGGACUUCAUUUUUGUAUGGAAAUAAUGAACCAUCACGCAUAUUGAAUUGCAAUAUAUUAUUAGUUUUAUUUUAUA